GAUGUUGUGAUCAAUUUUCCGUAGUUUCACGUCUUCUUCGGGUCCACCAUGUCGUUGUUACCUACUCUGCAUCUUAGAUAUCUUCGUAAGUUGACAUUUAUCGCCACGCCUGCUGUUAACGGAUAUAUCCAGCCAUACAGUGUACGUUGCCACCCAUCGCCUCUUUCUGUCUUCAAGCAAUUUGCCUCAACCUCAACUUCAAAAUGUAAAAACAUUUCGGAUCCUAGUCCGCGGACACUAUUCUACGCCAAGCGUCUUUUUACACAUGCAAUUCGAACCAUACACUCGACAACACAUUCUUUUUCAAAUGAAAAUGUUGUUAAAGACGGAGUUUCUCAAGUGCCAGAAAUCAAAGACUCUCUCCACACUGAAUCUGUUCAAACAGACGAGGAAUUGAAGAAGUUAUUGAAAGAAAUGGCGUCUGAUUUUGAUCACCAUAGUGACGAGGAGAAUAAUUGGAAACUUGAAUCUUUUGGCAAGCGAGAUCAUACAACACAUUAUGUUUUCAAUAUUGAUGAAUUGGUUGAGAUUUUGAGAGAAGAAAAUACGCAAGAUAUUUGUGUUAUCGAAGUGCCAAAACACAAACAGUAUGUUGACUACUUUGUCAUUGUUAGCUGUCAAUCAGUGCGUCAUCUACAGGCAACUACUCAGUAUAUUAACCAGAUGUAUAAACAGAAAAAAAGACCUGAAGAUCCAUUCGUGAAAGUGGAGGGAAAACAUACAGAAGAUUGGAUGUGUAUUGAUUUAGGUAAUAUUGUUCUACAUCUAUUUCUCACACCAACAAGAGAACUGUAUGAAUUAGAAAAACUCUGGACGUUAGGUGCAAAAUAUGAUGACCAACUUCGAUAUAUGAUGGAGCAGGCAAAGCAGUCCCUUGUAUUAGAGGAUGAGGAGAUCUCUGAAGAUAAUAGCGAUGAUAAGACACAGAGUGAAGAAAAGCACAAUCAAGAUACAAAACCUAGGCUUUCAUAAUUGAUGUUGAAAUGGAUCCAAAGACUGUUGAUGUGGAAUCUCCCAUGUUUUGUAAACUGUUUUACAGAUAAGAGACCAUGCAAAUCUUGCUUACAACACAUCCUAAAAUGCACAAGGUCUAAACCGAUGCAUUCUAGGUUUCGUCUUCACGUCUCUCAGAUGUAAAUGCGAAAAUAGCAUGCAUUCAUUUUGUCUUGAAAUUGUACUAUCAUAAAAUAACUAGAAAUUAUUUAG